AUGCUGUCUGUAUCAAGAAGAGUUUUGACGAGAAACUCAGUGAGAUCGGCCCUUUUGCGCCCUUGCGCAAAUGCGAGAUUGAACUCAACGGCAAAUUCGCCGGCUAAAGUGAUUGGUAUUGACUUGGGGACGACGAACUCGGCGGUGGCGAUUGUCGACCAGCUUACUAAGGAGCCGAAAAUAUUGGAGAACAGCCAAGGGGCACGCACGACUCCUUCGAUCGUUGCGUUCAGCCCAUCCGGGGAGGUGCUUGUUGGAGAACCGGCGAAAAGACAAUGGGUGAUCAACCCUACAAACACGUUCUAUGCCACGAAGCGGUUGAUCGGAAGGAAGUUUGCCGACGAAGAGGUGCAGACAGAUGCUAACCUGAUGCCGUAUACAAUUGUUGCCGGAAGCAACGGAGAUGCGUGGCUAAGCACUACGGUCGGCGAGAAUCUUCAGUAUUCGCCUGAACAGAUUGCCGGACUCAUCCUCAAGGAGAUGAAGAACACGUCGGAGAAGGCGUUGGGCCUGAAGGAGGGGGAGAUGAAGAAUGCGGUGGUUACGGUGCCGGCGUACUUCAACGACUCGCAGCGGCAGGCUACGAAAACGGCAGGCGAGUUGAUCGGUCUCAACGUUGUCCGUGUGCUCAACGAGCCGACCGCAGCCGCCCUAGCGUACGGUUUGGGCAAUAACAAUGAUGGUGUAUGUGCCGUGUACGAUUUAGGUGGAGGCACGUUUGACAUCUCCAUCUUGGACAUCGACGAUGGGGUGUUUGAGGUGAGAAGCACUAACGGAGACACACACUUGGGCGGCGAGGACUUCGACAACCUGUUGGUCCAGCGUAUAUUGGACGCCUUCAAGGAGGACACGGGUGUCGAUCUCAACGGCGACAUAAACGCAAUCCAGCGGGUGCGUGAGGCUGCAGAGAAGGCCAAGAUCGACUUGAGCCAUGUGAAGAAAACCACGAUCGACUUGCCCUUCAUUACCAAGACACAGAGUAUCAGUCUGGAGUUGACGGAGGAUGAACUCGACGAGCUGAGUCUGCCCUUGAUCCAGAAGACGUUGGGGCCGAUCAAGAAGGCUUUGAGCGAUGCCGAGAUCGAGAAGGACGAGAUCGACGAGGUCAUCUUGGUGGGCGGGAUGACGAGGAUGCCGAAGAUCAGGAAGGUCGUUGGCGACUACUUUGGCAAACAAACCAACACACAGGUCAACCCGGACGAGGCGGUUGCCCUUGGUGCCGCGAUCCAGGGUGCGGUGCUCUCCGGCAGCGUCAAAGACGUGUUGCUUCUCGACGUGACCCCGUUGACCUUGGGCAUCGAAACCUACGGCGGCCUCUUUUCUCCCUUGAUCCCUCGAAAUACUACCGUGCCCUGCAAGGUCAGCCAGACAUACUCAACAGCCGUCGACGGCCAGAACUCCAUCGACGUGAACGUCUACCAGGGCGAGCGGCCGCUCGUCUCGGACAACAAGCUGAUCGGCAAGUUCAAGCUCACGGACAUCCCUGCGCUGCCGAAGGGCGUGCCCAAGAUCGACGUGCUUUUCGACAUCGACGCCGACGGCAUCAUCAAGGUGAGCGCCAAGGACCAGGACACGGGCAAGGUGUCGUCGAUCACCGUCUUCGGGAAGAGCGGCAUGAGCAAGACCCAGAUCGACGAGCUAGUCAAGAAGAGCAAGGAGACGACGAAGGAGGACCAACAGAGAAUCAGCUACUUGAAGCACGUGAACAAUCUCGAGUUGAUCUGCUUUGACACCGAGCAGGCCCUCAAGGACUGGGGUGCCCACCUCGCCCGCCCGGACGUCGACAGUCUCCAGAGACACAUCGACAUCGUCAAACGCAUGAUUGCCGACUCCCGCAGCGGCGACCUUUUCAACGUCGACCUGAUCCAGGCCGCCCAGGAGGAGAUGAAGCACGAAACCCUCGACGUCAUCACCCGUGCGGCUGAGCACAGCCGGCACCAGAAGAAGGCCUGA